UCCAGUAAGGCUGCGGCGGUGUCGGGAGCCAGGCGGGGUGCGAGGGAAUGCUGUCAGAGGCGAACCACCUGCUGGUACACGGGGCGACUGCUAUUACCUGGACACUCUGCCGGCCAUCCUGUGACACGAGUCGCCAGUGAAACGGAACGCUGUGUGCACAAGGCUAUACUACUCAGCGACGCACGCUUUCUUCAAGCUCCAAACACCAUCUAUUGGAAGAAAAACUGCUGCGGCCCCGCUCCACACAACGAGAUGGUCUCCCGCAGGAAGAUCCUGUCCCGCUCCAGGGACGACCUCAACCUCGACUCCACGUUCGCCGUGCAGGAGGAGGAGGAGGACGUCUGGUACCAGAGGGACAAGCUCUACAAGGACCACAUCCAGGAGGUGCUGGACAAGUGGACCCAGAUCGACGACGAGAUCUGGGCCAAGGUGAUCGUGCUGGAGCGGAACCGGCGCGUCGCCAAGGCGUACGCCCGCGCCCCCGUCCUCACCAUCAACGGCUCCGACGACGGCUUCGACGGCUUCCGGAUCGGGCUGUGCGGAUUUGACAACCCAAUGCGGGACGCCAAGACAGAGGAAGUCAAGAGACACAUUGGACAGGGAGUGAAAGUCAAGAUGGACGACCAGGGCAACAUCCUGGUGAAGCGCGUGUCCAAGAGCAACGUCUACGUGAAGAGCACGGCCGGCUCUCCGGACGAAGAGACCAGCAUCGGAAACGACGUGCUCAAGCUGCCGGGCUGUGCGCUCGAGAUGGAGAAACCAGUCAAGCUGUUCGACAUGAAGAAGUUCCAGCAGAACGUGAGCCGCGAGCUGCGGCGCGCCUACCCGGACCGCCGCCGGCUGGAGUGUCAGUGCCUGAGCGCCGUCGCCUUCGUCAAGAACGAGGCCGAGCUGCUCGACUGCCCCAUCUGGGUGCUCGUCGUCAACGUCGUCGCCAUGGACAUGCUCAAGAGCAAGCUGCCGCCAGUGAAACGGCCAGUGGACAUCCGCAACCGCCCACGCAUCCCGAUCCCCGACGAGGACCCGUACAGCGUGGCGGGCAGCGGCGGAAGCAGCGGGGGCAGCAGCGGGGGUGGCGCCGGGGGCGUCGGAGGCGGGCCCGGGGGCCUGGUGGCCGCCGCCAGGGACCAGCUGAUCCAGCAGCAGCAGGCCUCGCGCCGAGACCGCCCGCCAAAGCUGCCUCCCAGGGACACCGCCUACCCGCAGGACAUACCCAAGCCGGACUACGAUGACGUCGAUGAAGACAACAGACUGAAACCAUUCCCGUCGUCCAGAAGCAGUGGUCGCGACAAGGCGAAGGACAGCAAGAAAUAUGAUGACCCGUACUACUGCGGGCUGCGCGCACGUGUGCCCAAAUUCGUGACGUCACGCGUGCCGCCGCCCAAGGAGGCGGCGCCGCCGCCCCCGCCGUCGGUGGUGGGCCGCUUCGCCGCCUUCCCGCCGCAGGCGCACGUGCAGGCGCAGCAGGCCAUCUACCACCAGCACCACCACAACCACCACCCGCACCACGGCCACCACCCGCCGCCCACCAUGUGGCACGCGCGCUCCUUCGACAGCGGCAUGGGUGUGUAUGCACUCGUCAAAGCCGCUGCCGCUACGACUCUGAGGCGCUAGAAUCGCCUUACAACCACAUAUACGGCCGCCUGCCUAUCCCGACGAGAGCCUACAUCCCACCGACGCCGAGAGCCAUGUUCGUCGGCGACUGGGACUGAAGGACCCUCCCACAAGGAAAACACCGCCGCGAGCGAGCGCUGCUCGUCUGAAUAGGCGCCCCUGCAUUUCUUGUUCUCACUUUGUUGCGUCUGUCAUCACUCUUCGUUACCAGGCUGUCGCCACUAACGCGGCCGUCGACUGACUGUUAUAUCCUGAUUGAAGCCGGAAACUUGUCCGGUGCGCGGAGGGGCCAUGUGGUUUUCUUGUGCGUGAAUUCUGAGUGUGUCAAAGACUGCUUUCAAGAGAGAGAGAGACAAGUGUCUCCUCGCUUCGGAACCGACGGCUGAGCGGGUUUCGUUGCUGUUGCGCAUGAGCAGUUAACACUCCCCCGCUUUACCGCCUGUUCCCACACGACCCAUACAUUCCGACGGAGCUACGUCGCCGAAUGGAGUGCCUUGUUGUUGCGAAUCGAAGGAUGUGUAAUUAUUAUUUAAAAGUUGUGUAUGGCUCGCGAGACCACUAUAAAAAAAGAGUAUGAUAAGUGGUGUUUUGUUCUUCAGGCGUUGAUAUUAGCUAGAGGUGACACAGUUAUGUACACGUUAUGACUAUGAUCAGUUUGUUUUUAAUUCUCUCGUACUUCAGCGUAAUAAUUUUGUAUCUUAUUUCCUAUUUAUAAUGAUAUUAAUUGCGAAAUACUCAACCAGUAAGUCUUUUGAGCAAAAUACUAUACGAAUCGUUCUGCAUUUUGUCCAGAACAAAUGUGGAGACGUCGAUUCGCUGGUACAAUGGAAAAACUUAUGUACUCUGGUUUCUUUUGUUCGAAAAGAAACACUAUGUAGCAAUUAUAUUGUAUUGUUCUGAACGGAACCAUCUGUUUCAGAAUGUGUAAUAUUUCUAAAUACUAAAUUUAUUUUUAAUAAUAGGCCCCUUUGUGCAAUAACCACAAUGUUUUUGCUUAGUUUUCGGUAUGUUUUGUAGUGUUUAUCCUUUGUAAAUACCGUACCCCGUAUGAAAGGUUUGACUGUGAAUGAGAUUUGCCAUUUUUUGAGUGUCUGUGUGUAAAUUUGUCCCCUUUUAUGAUUGAUUUGUUUGUUUUCAUCUUUUGCGUUGCUUGCGGGGGUGCGCUUGUCUCGAUGUAAACAUGCUGUGUAGCGAACGAAGACAAUCAAUGGGUUUGCUUUUCUAAUUUGUAAAAAAGAAAUGUGCUUUUCUGGAAGGUGAACAGAGAUUUGUCCGAUGCGAUGAAAUGCCUUGGACGAAUUUCGAGAGCAAAAUCAAGUGGCAGUGUUCAGAUACAGGCUAGCAGAAGUGUUUGGAGGAUGAGAGCAGGUUUCUGAACGCGUGUGACCGCAUGCGAGCGAAACGUUCCGAUGUGCCUUACGGCGCGCCUCGCCUAAGUAAACUGCGAAAGUGAAGAGCAUGACUGAGUAAUGUGUACGUCUUAAUGUGUUCCUUCUGUAUUUUAUCAAAAUUUUGUAAGAGCAUGCAAUAAAAUGGUGAUGGAAUUAA